GGAAAGAGCCCCAAAACGGACGGACACCCGGUUCAGGCUGCGACUCUACGAGACCGUCGCGUCGUCGUGUGUAGUGUGCUGUUGGGGUGUUGAUGAACGAAAUAAAGCCAAAAGCAAGACCCGCUCGUCUGACUAGGAGACUCGGAAACUCGGAACCUCUAGUGACAAGGGGUGGUGAGUCACGGAAUGGGUUACUCACCAUCUGCGGCGGAUGACGUGAGCGAUGAGGCAGGCAACAAGGGGGUCCUCCUGCCUGUGUUUAUAUGUCGUAUAGAGAUGUAUGGCUAUAGAGCGUAGACGCGUAUGGAUGUGUAUAGGUUCGGUGACGGACGGCUAUGCUGGCUAUGCUCUCCCUCUGCUCCGUAUUAUGAUUCUCGGGGUUUUCGCUUUGUGUCUUGUGUCUUCGCCUUAUGCUUGUUCUUCGAACGGAGCGCGCCCGAGUGAGCCGGAGAGCGAAAAAUCGAACCGAAGGAGACCCAAAGCUGAGUCUGCUCACUCAGUUCUCCCUUCGCAAUCAACGUUGUCGCACGUGAGUCCGUAUUCGUCGUCGUCGCUACGCCGUAGCGUAGAGUUUAACUGCGGGGUGAUAUUUUGGAAGAAUUCGUCGCCAUAUAUCGGGUCGAAAGUGGAACCACCAGCCAGCCGAAGCGUAGAAGUGCGGUGUGUUUUGUUGUGCACGUCUGGUUCGUAUAGAGUGGGGCACCUCUUGGCGGAUAAUCACCGCUUCAUCCGUCCCCAAACCGACCCGACCUUGUCGUCCGAGGCCAGAAGUGGGUUCAGAACUCCACACGCGUGUGCUCCCAGCAGCCUCAACCGUCGUCGUCGCGCAGAUACCCAGAGCUGUGUGUCUCGUUCGUCUUUCAGUCUUGGGGGCCGUCGUCAUCGUCGUCGUCGUUCGCUUUCGCGAUCAUUAGUCUGAAUGAUUGUUUAUUUUGUGCAAUUUCGAAAAGAAAAACCAAAAUGCUUUAAUUAAUUUAAUUAAAAUCCCCACUCAUUACUGUGCUGUGAGAGUGUUGCUCGCUCCUUGGUGUCUGCAAAUAUACAGAGAGCUCUUCCUGUGUGCCAUACCGCGCGCAAGGUUUGUGUGCUUUGUGAGUGUUUUUGGUGUUAUUGGGCCUCGAAGAAGAGAGCGCGAAGAACAGGAGCAGGGCAGAGCCGCCAAGUGUUUGUGUUGUGAUACCUCAAAAGUCGUUCUAACGGCAGGCAGGCAGGCAACUAGCAGCAGCCAGCGCAGCAACCGAUCCACGCACGCUGUCGCCGAACAAGCCGGAGCGCCAAACCGUAGUCGUUGCAACAAUACGCCACUGAUGCCGCCGGUGUACCACCACCGCUCGUAAAGGAACUCGAGUAGCUGAGGCGCACAGAAAAAGUUACCGACUUCUGCAACUCUGCUACUGCAGCCCGCGGAAGCUGAUCCGAUCAAAACGGGCGCACGGGACGGUCAGGUCAAGAAGAAACCGUACGGCGGAAGAGUCAGUGGUGGCAAUUGUCACUGAGAUCAUAAAAAAAGAACCGAGCGUUGAAAAGUUGUCCCGCGCGAUUUCCACUUGCUCGUAGCGCGCGCGGAGAUUGUUAAAGAGAAAUAAUAGCAUUCCCCCCUUCUGCGCGGUUUACCCGAAGGACAGCGAGAUUGAAGGCGGGCGAUCCAGAAGAAGAAGACAGAGUUGGGAAGAAGUUUCAAGUGAAAAUAUUUAUAUGAUUUUAAUGAGAAUCAAGAUAAGAAAUAAUAGUUGGGAAAUAAUAAAUAAAAGCAAACAUUAGCUAUCGAGUCGAAGUCUAGGCAGACUCCCGCUGUAGUUGUUCAGUGAUUCCCAAGUAUAGUGACUGAAGUUCAAAUACAGCUGUUCAGUAGUGAAGUUCGGACAGUUUCCCACACAACAAGUGGUACGUGCGCCAAACCCGUUGACGACGCCGGAAAGUGUUUGUGUUGUCACCUCCCGUCCGUAAACUUGGAGGACCUGGCUGCCACCAACGUCCACCUACAUCGUCUCCACAGCAGCACCUGCAGUAUGCGAAGAAGCAACCAAAGCGCCAAAGCAGAGUCCAACCGGCAGCAGCAGACCGCGCGCGCAAAUUGCUAAAAUGAAAUAUAUUUCGCGAAAAUUGAAAUUUAUUUAGAUACACAGAUAAAAGGAAGUGCGGCACGAGACGAAACCGAAGUGAGGCAAAAAAAUAGAAAAUUAUUUAUAAAUAAUAGCCGCGUGAAAAUAACUGCCAGAAGCGGCAAACGGCUUCGAAAAAAGAACAAAACUCCCACCGUGCAGCAAAAAACAAGGGGGGAUUGAAGCGUUAUUGUGUUUUAGAAAAGAGAGAAAAAAAAAGUGAACCAGCGAAAAACCCCAACAAGAAAAAUAGUGACGGAAAAUCUAUCAAUUUUAUCAGGCUGACGAGCGUUUCCCCGAGCCUCGUCUCUCAUCCGAAGUUUAGCCAAUACAAUCAAUAAAAUAACGAGCAUUUCGGCGCGUUCGCGUUCCGCAUUUCAAGUACGGCCAUCGCAAAAAAAAGUGUAUACAUCUAAGUGAUUGAAAAUUUGUGCAACCACGAAAUAGCGAGUCGAAUCGCCUAAUCGGCUAAUGUCCUGAUUUCGCGCGCGCUCCAUUUGUGUUACAAAGAAAAUCCACAGUUGUCAGUGUCGAACGAACCCCCACGGCCGCGGUUCCAAAACUUCCCCACACCUUUCCCCGGAAAAAAAAAAUCGUUAGUAAAAAUUGUUGCAACGCGGUCCCCAAGGGAACCGGCCUGCAACGUGCGGAACCGUAAACCAAAAGCCGUCAAGCUGGCCGCGUCAAUAGCAAUGAACCCGCACUACCAUCCGUACUCGGAUCUGGGUUCUUCGCCGCAUUCGCCCAGUCCGGACAACAACAACUACCCGCAGCUCGGGCCGCACCACAAUGGCCACGGGGGUGGUGGUGGGGGCGGUGGCGGUGCGCCCGGCAAUCCGAUGGGAGUCAGCCAGAUGGACAGCCAGGCGGUGGGCUUCCACGGUAUGGGCAACGGCGGUCCCGGGGGCGGCCCUGGAGGACCGGUGAAGCACUGCGGGGGAUGUGGAGGCAAAAUCACAGAACGGUUCUUCCUGCAUGCGCUCGAUCGGUACUGGCACAACUCCUGUCUCAAAUGCUCCUGCUGCGGUGCCAUGCUAGCGGACAUCGGUUCCAGUUGUUACACCCGCAGUGGCAUGAUCCUAUGCAAAGCAGACUACUCCAGGUUGGUGCACAGUACAAACAAACAGUUAUUCGGAACGGGAGCCUGCUCAGCCUGCCACCAAACGAUACCCGCCAACGAGUUUGUGAUGCGAACGACCUCGCACACGACGAUAAACAACAACCUUAACAACGCCAGCAACCAGAACGGGGCGAACAACAACAAUAACAACGGCCAGGCCGUCCCGCAGCAUCACGUGUUUCAUCUGAAGUGUUUCCAGUGCUCCAAGUGCGGGUGCCAUCUGGUGCAAGGCGACCGGUACUACAUGCUGGGCGGCAGUUUAGUGUGCGAACAGGACUGGCACAAGCUGGUCAAGAGCUCCAACGCCCAGACGAAUCCUCCACUCCGCAAGGGCAAGGUAGGGCGACCCCGGCGGUCGCGAGACUGA